AGUUUACAACAUUUACGUCAACUGUCAAAUUAGUAAUUUUACGAUACUCAAUAUACAGCAACGUCGUUGUAUUUUUAAUAAAAUUGUUGUUUUUAACGCUCAUUUUUGCAAAACAAAGUUUCAAGAAAGUGAUACGGUUAAUGGUUGCUCAAUUUUAUUAACGGAACGAUGUUUUUUGUGCGACGAGUUAUGGUUUAGUGAGAAUUUUACGACGACAUUGUGGUAGUGAAGGAUUGGAAUCACGUAUUAUUAGAUUAAAAACGGCAGUACAAAAUGGACCUAGUACAAAACCCUAAUAACAAUCGGGAUGGGAUGAACAACGAAGUUUCGUCCACAUCCAGUGACGAUACGAGCGUCCCUGUAAAACGACUGACAAAAGUAUACAAAAAGCAUUAUAAAGAAACUGCGAUAUCGGACAACGAAAUGGGUCCGCGCCAAAGGAACUUACAAACCCGUAACCACUAUAAAAGUACUGGAAACUUAAAUGAAGGGUACAGAGACUUCAGGUCUUUGCAAAGCAGCAUUAGCAACAUAGAUCUGAGUCUACAUCGAGAGGAUAUUAAAAAAUUUGAGUCCCUACAGAUACCUAUAGUAGGCUAUGAGAUUAUGGAGGAAAGAGCUCGAUUCACGAUUUACAAAUUGAAAGUCGAAGAUGAUAAUUCUGACCAAAGUUGGCUCGUGUUCAGACGGUAUACAGAUUUUGUCAGAUUAUAUUCAAGGAUAAAGGCUGAACAACCAAAUUUGAAUUUGCCAUUGCCUGGCAAAAGAUGGUUUCGGGAUAACUUUGAACCGGCUUUUCUGGAGGAUAGAGUGAGAGGAUUGCAGAUUUUUGUCAAUGCUAUUCUGAUGAAGCUGCCAAAUCAUCCCGUUGUAAGAGAGUUUUUCUGCUUAGAUGAGCCUCCUCAAGUCUUUUCUUAUCAGCCCGAAGUCCAAGCUGUUUAUGGAGCCCUGGAAGACUCAAUAAGUACGCUAAAAAUGCAAUUGAAACAGAAAGAUGCAACGAUAUUGCAUCUGCAGAAAAGAUUGGCUCAACUAGAAGCUCAAGUUAAAAACUGUGGGAACUGUAGUUCAAAUGUUUAAUUUAAGCAAGUGUAGGGUGAAUAGUUAUAUAGUGAACUAAGUUAAUCCUGUGGGUUCGUGUGAAAAAAGUAAUAUAUUAAAAUAUAUUUCCUAUGACUGCCUCGUUGGUCGAGUGGUCGCAAGUGCGACUGCCGGAUAAGGGGUCUCGGAUUUGCUUCCCGGUAUCGGAUCCCCUGUAUAUUAUGAACUCAUUCUAUAAUAUCUAUUCACCCCCCAAUAUAUUUUUAAGACUCAUUUUAAUAUAAAAUUUUGUACAAAUAAUAUAAUAUUUAAAUGUUACUAAACAAACCAGCCGCAAUAAUAGAACUGAUACCCGUUUUUACCAACCAUCCCUAAAUAUAUGGAAUGUAAUGAGAUUUUUAAAGAUUUUUGACCCGUUUACCUUCUGGGCCUAUUUCUGUCAUUUUUCUUAUAUCGACAGCUAACGCCCGAAUACUGAAAUGCUACACAAUUUUAAGUCGUACUUAAAUAUCGUGCUAUCUCUGUCAUUUUAUAAAGAAUUGAUUGGGACCGAACUAGUUUUGAGAGCGUCUUAAAAUUGAGUAGCAUUUGAGUAUUCGGACAUAAGAUGAUAACAAAUAUGUGGUUUAAAUUAAGUCAUAAGAGUUCUCCCCAUACGGUAUAUGUCCAUCUUCUAAAAUAGCUUAAUUUUUUAAAGGCUGGUCCUAUAGAAAAGAAAGAAAGAAAAGAAAUCUACCUAAAGAAAGAAACCUAUCUGUCCAACAAUUCACAAGUGGCCUCAAUAUUAUAAUGAAAUUAUAUGAUAUUUCAUAUUUAUGUAAUUUACGUACUCACGAAAACUUUUCGAGGAAAGCUCGACUAGUUUCAAGUCACAUCGGGACUCUAAUUCAUGAGUAGCGCGAUGCGACGUAUGUAUUAUUUAAUGUAGUAUUUCUCACGAUUGUUUUUAUACAAAAUUGUAGUAUGUAUGCAACCAAAAAUUUAUGUUUUGAGUAGUAUAAUAAGGUAUAUGUCAAAAUGAAAUUUAUUAUUACUUUUUUAAGAGAGAAAAUGGCGCUGUAAGAAUUGUAUGAAAUUGUAUACAGUAAAGAGUGUAGACAGUUAAUAUUUUAUGUUUCAAAAAACGGUUUAAUUUCGAUAAAAUUAACCUAUAUAAUAGGGAAAGAUCUUUUCAUAUUUGGCCCAGUAGUUUUAAAGAUUACUGUGCACAAAUACAAACAAAAAAAUCUUUUCGUCAGAACAUUUUAAUCAUUGCUCAUAAUUGCCUUCUUAAAAACAAUAUUUGAGUAGUUUUUACAAUAGGGUGCUUUUAUAGUCAAUAACACGUCGCAUUUAAAUAAAUAAGGUACAAAAUAAUAAUAUGUUAUAAAUAAAUAGUAUUUUUAGACUAUAUUGGACUCUUAUAGGUAAGCGUCCACAGGCCCGUAUCGUACGCAUUCCGUAUGACGUCAUCAGCAUCAAAGUCAAAGUGAACAUUAUUUAUUUCAAAUAGACCAGGAAGGCGCUUUUGAACGACAAAGCAAAUAUAAUAAUAUUAAUAACGUCUGUGUAUCGGUCAGUCCUUUAGUUGCUCUAUUUGCUCGUUCCAAAGUGUAGAUUCCUAUGGAGAAGAACGAGCAAGUAACUUCAUAGGUUACUCUUUUUCAAUUAGAUUCACAUUCACAAUACAAUUCUUGGUUACAUUGUUUCGAUUGCUUCAACUAUGUGAGAACAAUGUAAAACUAAUAUUCAGUCAAAGUGAUAGAAAAAGAAAAUCGUAUGUAGACAUUGCCGAUGAUGCGGUCCGUACGAUGCGGAUCAGUGGACGCAGUUGUAUAAGUUUCUAUACAAGACUAACUAAAAUCCGUUGCGUGCGAUGCGUACGAUACGGGCCUGUGGACGCUUACCUUUUAGCAUUUGUAUAUAAGGGUUUAUUAUAAAUAGUGAUCUAUGAAAUUAUUAAUUGUAAUUUAGGCUAUCAGUUAGAUAAUGAAAAAAUGGCUCACCCACACUUGAUUUUUUUAACUGAUUGGCUAAAAUAUAUGACAUUUUUGCUAACUUAUGAUGUUUUUUGUAAGUAGUGGUAGCUAACGAAACAGCUAAAUAUGGAGUCUUUAGUUCGAUUCCCAUUUUAAUAUCGAUUUUUUUAAUAGCAGCACUGUAUACCGCCCGGCACGUUAUUUGGCAAGAUUUUGUAGUUGUAGGUUCGCACAUUGUGUAUUUUCUCAUUAUUUCAUCACUAGUCUGUUCGCGUGAGAUAAAACGCUUAACCUACCGCUUUAAAAAAAAUUGUGGCCCCUUUUAUUCUUUUAUUUUUCGAGAGGAAAAAAUUACCACUUUCCCUCAUCGUCUCUCAAGACUCAAAGAGGGAACUUACCGCUACUAUAAUAUCGGGCCCAUGUUUGGGCUCUUUUAGCCCUUUAUAAUGACAUUAAUUAUCCUAAAUUGCUGCCAACUUUUACGCGGAAAAAAAGAAAUUAUUAUUUGUGAAUUUUUCUCAAGUAAUUUGGCCCCUGAAGCCCUGGAGCCUCUGAAUCAUUGUCUAUUUGGAAGAAAGUUAACAUAAGAAAUAUAAUUUAGAAUGAUAUUGUAAAAUUACGUCCCUAUUAACAAUAAUAGUUAAAUUGAGAAAAUACGACCCCUACUACGCCAAAAUCUUACUUUCUUUCAUGUCGGGUAUAAAUAUUUGUCAAUAAUCAUUUUGUUCGUACUAAAAACCAGGUUUCAAAUAAUUACUGUGAUAAUUUUACUAACAUACAUUGAUUUUAUAUUGUUAUUCAUUAUUAAUAAUAAUUAGUUAUAUUAAUUAUUGUAUAAUAAGCAAUAUAAGUGCCUUAAAUUGUAACAUAUGGGACAGUUAACAUGACAUGGUAGAAAAAUUUACAAGAUCAUAUACCAAAGUUAUUUAGUAUUUAAAUAAAAAAAUAUAGAUGGAUCCAGUACAGAGACAGUAACCAUUGGUCGGCUACUGAGUCCACGAAUGGUUACAGAAGAUAUGGCUUCGUUACAAAGCGUACAAGUAUAACGUAACGCAAUUUUUGAAGAUGGUUGACCCCCUUUCCCCUUUGUAACGCAACGUAAAGUUUUAUGUACCCCACUCCCCCUCUAAACGUUACGUAACAUCCAAGUGACCAUUUUUAAGUUACAAAAUGUUAUGUUUAUAGUUAUUAUCCUUGGUACACUUUUAAUUCGCUUUGCAGUAAUAAUACUAAAUAAAACAAGACAUUUUUGACUGCCUCGUUGGCCGAGUGGUCGCAAGUGCGACUGCCGGACAAGGGGUCUCGGGUUCGAUUCCCGGGUCGGGCAAAGAAUUACUGGGCCUUUUUCGGUUUUUCGAAAAUUUCUCAGUGACAGCACGGAGUCUGGAAUUGUGCCCAGUUUAUGGCAAUAGGCUCACCUCUCUCUCACCUCUAGGUGGGUGUACAUUGUAUAGCGGCAUUACGUGUCGUAUUGAGCAUCUCUGCCUACCCCUUCGGGGAUAAAAGGCGUGACGUUGCUUUUUUUUAAAACAAGACAUUUUUACUCCGCAACACCUGCGCAUUUUAUUUAUAUUAUAUUUGUGUUGUAAGAAAGGGGUCUUUCUACCACCCUAGUAACGAAUCGUAAUGUUUUACGAGACACCCCUCCCUCCAAAAUGCGUAACGUAAUACUUCAACGCCCCCUCAAAGCGUACAAUUUAGUAUAACAAUAGCUACUGUCCCUGUACUUAAUUAAUCUUUAUUCUCUUAAAUGCAUACUAAAUAACUUGGCUGACUGUAUUUUUCUAAUUAGAAUCAAUUGUUUUUUAAUAUAUGAAGUGUUAUGAUAACUAACUCUUAGGCUAUUCUGUAUCCUCAGUACGAGUUUGCUUCAUCGAAACAAGAGCGCAUUCGGCGCUUUGAUUGUAUUGUUCACUAGCUACUUCCGCGCGGUUUCACCCGCUCUGCUUGGCUCCUAUUAGUCAUAGCGUGAUGUUUUAUAGCCUAUAGCCUUCCUUGAUAAAUGCACUAUUCAACACAAAAAGAAUUAUUCAAAUCGGACCAGUAGUUCUGGAGAUUAGCGCGUUCAAACAAACAAACAAACAAACAAAUAGUAUAGAUUUGAACCGGCCAAUCACAGUGCCGAACGCACUCUCGUUUCCCUCAAACUCGUACUACGCCCUCUGUAAUUGUCAAUUUGAAACAUUUCAAGUGAGCUCUAUUGCAUUCUCACCCGUCAUUGGUAGAGAUGAUUCUCACAACCAAUGAAAUGGUGGACCAAGAUCGAGCUUGCUUCAAAUUGACAAUACAGUAUAUUAAUUAUUAUGUUAUCGGCUUACUCAUGUAACUGUUUGACGAGGAACUCGACUAGUUUCAAGUCAUGACACACACACGACGCGGCGAUUAUCGCGCUGGUACUGGCUUGUUGCGCUGCGACAAUCGUCGCGUCGUGUGUCGCAGAAUGCUGCUCAUGAAUAUGAGCCUCUAGCAUGGCUUGAAACUAGUCGAGUUCCUCGUCAAACAGUUACGUGAGUAAGCCGAUAACAUAAUAAUUAAUUUAGUUCUCACGAAAGUUAUAAUAAAAUUACAGAAUAGCCUAGCUGUAUAGCAUUUGGACCAACAAAGUAUAAAAUAAGGCUCAUAUAGGUAGAUUAUUUGGUAGGAUUUAAAUGUUAAUGUAUGAUGAAAUGUAACCACGAAUAAAUGUUAUUGAUAAUAGUACAAAUUUUAUACAUCUUUAUUAUUUCAAUUCUUAUAUCUGUAUUGAAGUUUUCGGGUGUUUCUUCAAAAAACUUUAACUUUUUUUAACAAAUCAUUAUUCUCCCGCGUUAUUGAGCAUCGUGGUAGCUUAUUAUCAUCCUUAUUUUUAUUGGAUUGGUUGAGAGCAGAGUCACAGCUUAAUUUAUUGAAACCAAAUUUUGUGUUUCAAUCGGCAGAAUUGAUAACUUUUGGUUGAGGAUAAUGACGCCGUUAACUUUUUAUGAUUUGUUUUUGAAGAACUACUCUUUCCCACCCACAGCUUAGAUACGAUACCUAUUCAAUUUCUGGAUCGCGAAUUUCUAGAAAAUAUUAAAACUAGCUUCUACCAGCGAUUCCGCCCGCAUUCCCGUGGGAUAAAUAGCCUAUGUGUUAUUCCAGACCAUAAUCUACCACUGUUCCUAACACCAAGAUCCCUUCAGCCGUUUUUGCGUGAAGGCGUAACAAACAAACAUACAAAUUUUCGCAUUUAUAAUAUUAUAGUAAGAUUAGACCAAUAUUAAGGCAAUUUUGACCGUCCAACAAAAAGUGCCAAUCUGCAUUUUUUUUUUUUUUUGAGUGGGUAAAUUAUCCUAUGACCUACUUCUCCCGCCUUGGGCGAAGCGAGAGGGAGUGUCAGACUCUUACUGACUAAAACCACCCCGUUCCUACUCCUGCUUUUCGAGCUUGAGCCCGGUAAACCCACUAGGGAGUCCGCAGCUCCGGUUCUAACAUCAGCCCUACUGGACCCCACGUGUGGUGGUCUGAUGGCUCUUUGAGGCGCGUGCGGUACGGUCAGUCCUCUAUUUGCUCGUUCCAAUGUGUAGAUUCCUAUAGAGAAGAACGAGUAAGAAACUGAGUUUCUUUUCAGCUUGUCAUUUUGUCAGUAAUAGCAUAGGGUCUGGAAUUGUGCCCCCUAUAUGGCAAUAGACUCACCCCCUAUUGCAUGGGACUUAUGACAUAAAUGAUGAAAAGUGGGUGUUACAUGAAAAAAUGUGACAUUGUAUCUAUUGAUUUAAAAAUCUUAGUUUUAUAUCGAAAUUGUAAAUAUGGAAAAUGUAUUAAUUGUAUGGUUUAGUUUCUAGUAUAGUUUGUGUAAUAAUAUGAUUAUUAUUAUAAACAAAUGUGCAUGUUUAAAAAUGAUUUGUUUCAAUUAUUAAAAUAAAAUUUUAUACUAUU